GUUUGGAGUCAUUGUGGUGUUUCACUGUUUCAUCUCCUCUGUGCUCUGAAUGAUUCUGUUAAAAAUACGUGGGCCUUUUUUUUUUGUUUAGUUUUUUUACAGUGUUGGCCCCGCCUCCUCUCUGUGCGUAAAGACGCAUUAAGAAGUGUCGCAGCAGCAGCGGAUAAUCCAGACUGAAGCUUCACACUCAUGGUUUGAGUUCAGAUGCUGUUUGUUUGAGCUCUGAAUCGCUGAGGACAGCUGGACACUGAGCUGGAGGACGUGAAGGCAGCUGGAGAACAUCUGGAGGCUGGACAGUGAGCAGAUGGAUGUAAAGACAACUGGACACUGAGCUGGAGGACGUGUAGACACUGACACUCAGUGUAGAGGCUGGACAGUCAGCUGCAGAACAUCUGGAGGCUGGACAUUGAGCUGAAGGACGUUUCGAUGCUGGAAAGAGAGCUGCAGAACAUCUGGAGGCCGUGGGGACAGCCGGACAGUGAGCUGGAGGACGCGAGGAAAGCCAGACAGUGAGCUAGAGGACGUGGGGACAGCCGGAUGGACAUGUCCCCACUGCAGCAGCAGCAGGUGGAGGAGGACGUCAGCCUGAGGAGAGGCAGCAUGGAGCAGGAAAAUAAACGGAGGAUGAAGUCUCAGAGUUGUCGCCGUCAGUCUGCUCCGUCUCUGGUCAUCACCAAGGCCCUGACCCGGUCCAAGACUCUGUCCAGAGACAGCUUCCUGGUCCCCGUGAGUCCGGAGACGUGUCCCCUGGUGCAGUCCUUCCUCGCGGCCUCAGAGCGCUGCUUCCUCCAGCACGGACACGCUCAGCUGAGGACGGGGAUGCAGACUCAGGACAGACACCUCUUCCUCUUCAACGACGUCCUGGUCGUCGCCAAGGCCAAGUCAGAGCAACACACAGUUCAAAGGUUACACUCACAGAGAGAGUGUGUGUGUGGUCACACUGGUCUGCCCCUCCCUGUCCACAGGUCGGCGAACCACUUCAAGCUGAAGACUCAGGUGUGUGUGAGUGAGAUGUGGACGGCGAGCUGCGUGGACGAGGUGUGUGAGGGCAGCAUCGACACAGAGAGGAGCUUUGUCAUGGGCUGGCCCACCUGUAACUGUGUGUGUGUGUACAGUUCAGCAGAACAGAAAGAGAAAUGGCUCUCACUCCUCAAAAGUCGCAUAAAAGAAGAGAAAGAGAGGGAGGAGCCUAAAACAAUUCCACUGCGAGUUUACGGGAAAGGGAUCAACAGCUUUGCUGUGACAAAGACACUUCCUGUGAGCAACUCCGAUUCAACCAAUGAGGUGAUCCGACUGGCUCUGCAGCAGUUCAGCAUCAUAGGAAAUGUGAAAAACUACCAGUUAUGGGUCAUUUCAAAGAGGGACAACGCCCCCUAUCCUCUGAUUGGUCACGAGUUUCCGUUCAGCGUCCACAUGAACCACAUGAGACAGGCGGCGUCUCAGGGGGGCGGGGCAGGGGCCAGGGACGCGGUGGUGGCGGCGCCACCUGUGGACAGAGACAGGCUGCAGGUGGGACACGUGCAGGCCAGCAGGCAGUGUCAGUUCAUUCUGAAGCCUCGACCCGAAGAAUCGCUGCUGCAGCAGCAGCAGGUGUUUGCAGAUUUUUCUCAGAAGUCCUUCAAAAGGAGGCGUUCCCUCAUCACCUGGGCCUUCUGGCGAGGCUCCGCCUCUCACCUGAACGAGCUGUCUGUCUCUGGCGCGGCCCGUGGCUGCCUGUUCGGCCGCCAUCUCAGCUGCGUGUGUGUGGAAGACGCGUUACCCAAACCCGUCAUGGACAUGCUGGCGUUCCUGUACCACGAGGGGCCGUGGACGCGGGGAAUCUUCCGGCGUCCGGCGGGAGCUCGCGCGGUCAGAGAGCUGCGAGACUCUCUGGACGCUGGAGAGUUCCAGCUUCCUCUGACAUGUGACCACGUCUUUGUCAUCGCCGGAGUCUUUAAGGAUUUCUUACGUAACAUCCCGGGCAGCUUGCUGUGCUGCGAACUUCACGAAGAGUGGAUGGACGUGCUGGAGGAAGAGGAGGAGGAGGAAGAGCAGGUGCAGGACGUGCAGAGGAUGAUCUGUCGCCUCCCGAGAGAGAACGCUCUGCUGCUGCGACACCUGUUAGCGCUGCUGCACGGUAUCCAGGGCAACGCUCACGAGAACCAGAUGACCGCGUUCAACUUGUCCGUGUGCAUCGCUCCCAGCAUGCUUUGGCCACCGGGGGCGCCGUGCAGCCCGGAGGUGGAGGGGGAGGAGACCAAGAAGGUUUGUGAGCUGGUGAAGUUCAUGAUCGAACACUGUCAGCAGAUUCUGGGAGAAGACCCUCGGUCUCUGUUUGGAGGACCGCCACAGAGACGGCACUGUGACGAGACUGGAUCAGAGUCCUGUUCUUACCCUCUGACAGACUCCUCCUACGACAGCCUGGAGAACGAGCUGGACAACAGCAGCGGAGGAUCGCCCAGUUUCUGCAGCCGCCUCCGCUCCAAGCCGCUGCAGGGAAGCCUGGACUCCAUCCUCACAUCGAGUGACUGCGACCAGGACACAGGUCCAGGAGACCACGAUCAAAGCAGAGGUCUACACGGUCUGGAGAGAACCAGAGGCAGGAAGCAGGACUCAGCGGCUGGAGGCUCCUCGUCCACACUGGACUCCCUGUCUCCGGAGGGUCCACACAGACCGAGGCGCUACUCAGAGCCGGCUAUAGCAUAUGUGGCUAAGUUUGGACCAUGUGCUUCAGGAAGCACUGAGGUCCUCAGUGGUGAGGAGGAGGACGGAGCUGAAGAUCUGUCAAAGGAGACACCCAGCAGUCACACACACUGCACAGGUGAGAGCAGGAGAGCAGGAGGAGAGUGUGAGGCCUGCUCCUCCAGCCUCUCCUCCACCACCAACUCACCCGCACCAACUCGCUCCUCCCUGGACUCUCUGGACUCCCUCAGCAGCGACAGACCAGGUCUUCUCCUGCCCAGGACGCUGCUGCCCUCCAGCAGCUCCUCUGUAACACCUCCACCCUUCAGAUUGUCUUCAGAGCAGAACACCGUCCCAAAGGCUUCCCCACCCAGAGAAGCUCUCAGCUGGGGAACUGUGAAGAGCAGCAGAGGCUUCCACCUGAACACGUGGGUGAAGAAAGGCCGCAGACUCUCACUGAGCCAACAAGACAACGCAGAGAAACAAGAAGACGACGACAAGACUGCGGGAGGAGGAGUCCCUGACAAGUGUGAGAGAGGAGGAGUGAAACAGAAGAUCUGCAGAUCCAGAAAAGAUGUGAAGAUGAAGCUCGACCCUGAAGCACACAGACCUCCGUCUCACCACCGCUCCACAGGAAGCCUCCACCUGCCCGUACCUGCCUGGUCUCACUGCUCUGACGCCACACAGCAGACAGCAGAGCCUCAGGUGACGGAGCGGAAGCAGUCGUCGUCUCCGUCUUUCUUUUCCCAGCACAGAGGUCCGUCCCUGUCCCUGUUCAAACGACGCAAAUCUCACUCUGUGGAGGUGGAGCGUAACGCCAGGCUCCACGCUCGCCGCGCCUCAGAGCCUGGUCAGCGGCUGGUGGAGCAAGCCUCCGCCCUCAGCCACACUCAGCUGCCCAGUGACCCAGGGCUGAAGGUGUCGCAGGUGGAUUCGCAGGGAUCCGCCUCUGAGGCUCGCUUCUGCCUGUCCCCUCACUCCACCAAAGCCGUGAGGGACUACUUCUCCUCGCACCCGCGCAGUAACCCCCAGAGCAGCCAGCAGGUGGCGCUGGCCCUGGUGAAGAGUCACAGAGAGUGGCUGAGGAGAAACAGCGACCCCACAGCAGAGCCUGAUUACGAGCAGCUUCUGUUUGCCGAAGAAUCCUUUGUCUGAUUAUUACUGAGGUUGCAAUUUAGCGCGCUUUAGUGGCACAGUUAAAGGAACAGUUCAGGAAAAACUGAUUCUAGGUAUCUUAAGAACACGUUCACGUCUUUCUCUCACGGUUAGACAGACUUCUCCAACAGGAAACUGAAGUUUGUGAACCACUCACUCUCCCACACCCAAGU